AUGGGAAACAAUCGGCAAAAAAAAUGUGGGUGUGGUGGCUUAAUAACCGCAGUAUUCUGGCGUUCUACUUCCAAAAGAAACAAAGGCAACAAUUUUGAAAAGGCAUCAAACACCUCCGACACAAAGAAACAGCUGGGUAAUGGUGAAGAUUUGACUUUGUUUUCAACAGCUUCAUCUGAUAGACGCACAAAUUCUUCACCUAAUUCUAACACCAAACCAAUCCCCAUUGUUAACCAAGCGCACCAAAGGAACUAUCCCAAAGGGUUACAAACCGAGGGUUAUGUCAACAAUGAAAGAAGGGUCCCUAAAGAAGCCGAGGGUUAUGUCAACAAUGGAAGAAGGGUCCCUAAAGAUGCAGUUGGCAUUUCUGGUGAACUUGAAAGCAUGUUUUCCGAUCGCCAAAAGGCCAGCAAAAACCUUGUUCGUGCUUCUUCUAGCAACGUGAUGAUGUUCGGUAAUUUAGGCAACCUCAAGCAAGGAGGGAAUACCAACACCUAUUCUCAGAACGUUGGGGAUUAUGGUGCCAAGCAAAGGGAUGAAAGCGCUGUUGCUAAAGGAAGAUACACAAACCAGACGGUGGAGAAUGCAAAUGAAGGAAGCAUUGAAAAACCGGAUUCUCUAUGCAGGGCCGUGUCUACUAGAAUGGACCCCGAACAAUUGAAGAUAAUGGGGAAUGAGGAUUACAGGAAUGGAAGAUUUGAAGAAGCAUUGGCUCUUUAUGAUGCUGCAAUUGCAAUUGAGCCCAAUAAAGCAUCCUAUAGGAGCAACAAGAGUGCAGCAUUAACGGCUCUUGGGAGGAUUCUGGAGGCAGUGUUUGAGUGCAGAGAAGCCAUUCAAUUAGAUCCUCAUUAUCAAAGAGCUCAUCAACGACUGGGGAACCUGAACAAGAGGUAUUCUUACCCAAGAAAUAAACUGUGA